AUGUUUGGGAAAAAGAAGAAGAGGCUAGAGAUUUCGGCUCCGUCUAACUUCGAGCACCGGGUCCACACUGGUUUCGACGAGCGGGAGCAGAAGUUCACAGGUCUGCCCCAGCAAUGGCAGAGUCUCCUGGCAGACACAGCCAACAGACCCAAGCCCAUGGUAGACCCCUCCUAUAUCACACCCAUACAGCUGGCUCCUAUGAAGACCAUCGUUCGAGGGAACCGGCCCCCGAAGGACACGUCCAUCAAUGGUCUCCUGGAGGAGUUCGACAGCAUCUCUGUGACACGUUCCAACUCCCUGCGUAAAGAGAGCCCUACGGGCCCCCACCAGGCCGGGUCCGGGGCCCCCAAACCCCCUUCCCACCACCCUCCACACCCCCACCCCAACACCCCGGAGGAGAACGGCUUCAGCCACUACUACUCCCGCUACUCCUGUGACCUGGACACCUCCAGUAGGGACUUCUCUCUGGAGCCCUACAGGAAGGACGGUAAAGGCUUCGCUCUAGAUGGGGACUGGGCCGUGGGGAGACACUACCGCUUCCCCAAACAGAACGGCCACCUCACCCACGCCACCCGCGUUCCCUUCUACCCCGACGCCAUGCCUCAGAAGACCGAUUACGCCAAGCUGCCUCCGGACUACCACACGUACUUGGAGAGCAAGGUGGCGGGGGCGCGCUUGGCCGACGAGGUGGGAUCUGGGUCCGGGGACUACCGGGAUGCGUCGAUGGUGGGGACACCGUCGCGAGCCUCGCUGCACAGCGAGCAAAUCAACUACCCAGAUAGCGAGUGGAGCUACAGCGGCAUGUCCAGAGACGAGUACGAGAAGAGGCCCAAGUCGUCGUACGUGAUGCAGACCAGCCCCACGCCGGCCAUCAGACAGCGCUCCAGGUCGGGGUCCGGCCUCCAGGAGCCCAACGUGCCCUACGGGGCCAGCGGGGCCUUUAAGAGUCCCCCUCAGACACACCCCUACAGCUCCUACACUUACCCACGCCUUUCAGAGACUCUCACCAACUCACAGGCCAUGGCCAAGGGUGAUUACGACCAGUCGUCUUGGGACGGGAGUCCCCAGGUCCCAGGGUCUGACACGUACCCCCGCGGGCCCCUCAAACUACCUCAAAGCCACAGCAAGCCCUCUGGCUACCCCCCCGGACUCCAGUACCCCCCUGUGUUCCACCACUACAAACCCUCCCCCUACCACCACCCACCCUCACAGCCCAGCCCGCCAUACACCCCACAGGGGGCAUACUCCCAGCCAUCGUCCCCCUACAUCCCCCCGGGGGCCUACCCCCCUCCCUCCUGGGGCUCCAGUUCAGAUGCCCAGCCCUCCAGGGUCUCCCACGAACAGUUCAGGGCUGCCUUGCAGCUCGUCGUCAACCCAGGUGACCCCAGGGAGUACCUGGAGAGUUUCAUAAAGAUUGGCGAGGGCUCGACGGGCAUCGUGUGCAUCGCCAGCGAGAAGCAUAGUGGCAAGCAGGUGGCCGUCAAGAAGAUGGACUUGAGGAAACAGCAGAGGAGAGAACUGCUCUUCAAUGAGGUGGUGAUCAUGAGGGACUAUCACCAUGAGAACGUGGUUGACAUGUACAACAGCUACCUGGUUGGAGACGAGCUCUGGGUCGUUAUGGAGUUCCUGGAGGGCGGGGCCCUGACGGACAUUGUCACUCACACGAGGAUGAACGAGGAGCAGAUAGCCACAGUAUGUGUAUCGGUGUUGAGGGCUCUGUCGUACCUCCACACGCAGGGAGUCAUCCACCGAGACAUCAAGAGUGAUUCUAUCCUCCUCACCAGCGACGGACGGAUCAAGCUGUCAGACUUUGGCUUCUGCGCCCAAGUGUCCAAAGAGGUGCCCAAGAGGAAGUCUCUGGUGGGCACGCCCUAUUGGAUGGCACCAGAGGUCAUCUCACGGUUACCCUACGGCACAGAGGUGGAUAUCUGGUCGUUGGGCAUCAUGGUGAUAGAGAUGAUCGAUGGGGAACCUCCGUACUUUAACGAACCCCCUCUACAGGCCAUGAGGAGGAUACGAGACAACCUGCCCCCACGGCUAAAGGAGUCACACAAGGUAUCAUCGGUUAUGAGGGCCUUCCUCGACCUGAUGUUGGUUCGAGAGCCGUCUCAGCGAGCCACAGCCCAGGAGCUGCUCCAGCACCCCUUCCUCAAGCUCUCGGGCCCCCCAUCUUGCAUCGUCCCCCUAAUGAGGCACUACCGCCACCGCUGA